AUGUCAAUAGAUUUCCUCCGAAACCUCACUGCUUACAACAACUCUGGAGUCUAUAUUUUCAAUGACAAUGAAGAAGAGCCAAUGGUGUUUACACCCGAGACGAGAAUCGUUCCGGCGUUGUUUCUUAUUAUUUUUGUUGUGGGACUUAUUGGGAAUAGUCUGCUUGUGUACAUCGUCGUUCGCCACGCCGCCAUGCGCACCGUCACUAACCUGUACCUAGUGAACUUGUCUGUUGUGGAUAUAUUGUUUCUGGUGGCAUGCGUACCUCUUACCUCAGUUGCCUAUGGAAUUACCGACUGGCCAUUUGGCGACGGUUUAUGUAAAUUUGUCAACUACACCAUGGGCGUCUGUCUUGCCGUCAGUGUGAUGACCUUGGCUGCUACUGGCCUUGAUCGCUACUAUGCUAUUAUACAUCCUGUGAGGUCAAGGACGUUUAGAACCUCAAAGCGAGCAAUGGCUAUAAUGCUUGGAAUCUGGGUUGCAUCAGUUCUCAUCAUGGUACCAAGAGCAUUCUUAUACGGUCUCAGUGAACUGUGGCACUUACACGACAUGAGGAUGUUCUGCAACCGCCACCAGGGGGCGCACGACCGGAUCUGGAUCAUACGGAGGAAGGUCGACUCCAUCUUGAUGUUCCUGACCAUGUUUCUGCUUCCGCAACUGAUUCUGAGCUUCUGUCACUGCAGGAUCGUUCGGAAACUCUGGACAAGCGUCAGACCAGGGUCAAGGCCGAACGACAUUUCCCUGACUGCCCUUAGGGCCAAGAGCUAA